GCGCCAGUUGAGUUGAGUUUAUCAGUAAUGACAACAGGUUGACUGAACUUCAGUUCACGGAUGAAAGCCCCUCACAGUGGAUGAUGUCACGGGUUCUGUCUCAAAUUCUAGUCAGCCUCAGAAGCCCAUCUAAUAGGCGGCUGAUAUGCAUCGAGACACACACAGCCACAGUGUUUGGGAGUAAAGUGCUCGUUCAGAUCGAGGACGUAACGCCAGUGUACGCGUGGGCUAACUAUUUAUUUUUGCUUCAGAGUUGUUUUGUUUUAUAUCCAGAUAAAUGAAACACUUAUUGAUUUGAAAUGUAGAUUUAAAGUGCGAUGAAUCGCCGAAACUGGCGUUAAACCUCCUGGAGAGUCAGUGUUUUCAGCGAUGCCUCCGCAGGGAGGUGGAGAAUAUAAGCCUGUUCCACGUACGGUUGUGCCGCCAGUACCCCCGAGGAGAUUCAGGAGCAGAGAUUUGUCUUCCGCGGUAAAGAGCCGCUUCGGAGCGGCAGCGGAGCGCAGGGUGAAGUGCGUGCUGGUCGGUGAUGGUGCAGUGGGUAAAACUAGUCUCGUUGUGAGCUACACCACCAAUGGAUAUCCCACAGAGUAUGUUCCAACAGCGUUUGACAACUUUGCAGCGGUCGUAGCUGUGGAUGGCAAGCCUGUGAAACUUCAGCUUUGUGACACAGCCGGUCAGGAUGAGUUUGACAAGCUCCGGCCGCUGUGUUACACCAAUGCUGACGUCUUCCUUCUCUGCUUCAGUGUGGUAAGUCCCUCCUCUUUCCAAAAUGUGAGGGAGAAGUGGGUGCCUGAGAUCCGCCAGCACUGUCCGAGGGCACCGAUACUGUUGGUGGGCACUCAGGCUGACCUCCGGGAAGACGUCAAAGUGCUCAUCCAACUGGCCCAGUACAAAGAGCGGUCGGUGGACCCCCAGGAGGCCUGCAUGUGUGCUGAGGAAGUGCAGGCCAUCUCGUACAUGGAGUGUUCAGCGCUCACCCAGAAGAAUCUGAAGGAGGUGUUUGACACCGCUAUAGUGGCCAGUGUCCAGUACUCAGACAGCCAGCAGCAGAAAAGACUGAAGAAGCGGACGCCCGAUAAAAUGAGGAAGCUCUCCGAGUCCUGGUGGAAGAAAUACUGCUGUUUGGCGUAGAUGUGAGAAUAUGAUUGCGCACUGUUGAUGUGAAUGCGGUUAGACUGGAACUGGCUUUUAUGAAUGAAAAUGGACGCAGCUCCAUCUGCUUUAUGAGACCGUGUUGGUGGAUUAACUGGAGCACAUGUGGUCGCGAAAUUAAUCUUUUUAAAAAAACAUCUGCCUGCUUUAUGAUGAAAUGGAAAGAUUCAUAGAGCCUCAAAGUUGUUCCGCUUCAUUUUAGGAUCUGCUCUUCAUUUGGAAAGUCCCGAAUUAACCUCAAAUACUCAUGUGAACAAUUUAGGGUGAGAGUCAUCUGUCUUUCUUAACCUUAUCUUUUGUUGAAGAGGGUUUCAAGUGGACUUAAGGAUUGUUUUUCUAUCAAAGAUGUAGUUUAGACUGCCAGAACUUUCCUUCUUCAUUCAGACUCUGUCAAAGCAACCCUAUUGGUUCGUCUGCGCAAAACCGUAGCAUUAUAUUAGUGCUUACAUGAACGGAAUUGCUUGCCUUUGUUAUUCCUCUGUCUUGGAAGAGGAGGGAUCCAGAGCGGGUUCAAUCUGAGAUACUCAAGUGCUCCUUCAUGUAUCUGUCAAAGAAUUAAGUGUGAUGUAGAGUACAAGCAGAUGCUUGGACACACUAUCAACUUGACAUCACUGACAUUUGCCUUGUUGUUCUCUGAGGGUGAAUGAUUGUCCAUUUCAGAGACGGCUGGACGCUGGCACAUCUCUCCAGACUGUCUUGUUUACAUUUGGAGUUAAGUCCAGACCCAAACAUGCUGUGAGGUCAGGGUCUUUUAGUGUAAGUACACCUUAGUAGGCCAGUUGGAUUGUAUAUCUGGUCAUUGAACCUGGAGUUUCAUCAAAAAGCAUUUCAGUGCUGUCAUUGAGUCAGGUGUUAUUGGGUUUUUAUAGGAAUAUACUGUAAUGUUCAUAAGUUUGGGGUUGGUAAGUUCGAUUUUUUAUGUUUGUGAAAGAAGUCUCUUGCUCACUAAGAUUGCAUUUAUUAUAUACUGUAAAGACAGUAAUGUAAAAUAUUACUACAAUAAACAGUUUUCUAUUUUACUGUAUUUUAAAAUAUAAUUUAUUCAUGUGAUGACAAAGCUGAAUUGUCAGCAGCCAUUACUCCAGUCUUCAGUGUCACAUGAUCCUUCAGAAAUAAUUCUAAUAUGCAAAUUUGAUGCUCAAAAACAUUUCUUGUUAUUAUCAAUGUUAAAAACAGUUGUGCUGCUUAAUAUUUCAGUUGAAACUAUGAUGCAUUUUUUCAGGAAUCUUUGAUGAAUAGAAAGUUUAAAAGACAGCAUUUGAAUUAGAAAUAUUUUUUUUAACAUAAAUGUCUUUACUGUCACUUUGAUAAAUUUAAUGCAUCCUUGCUGAAUAAAAGUAUUAAUUGCUUUAAAAAAAAAAAAAAAAACGUAAUAACCCCAAACAUGUGAACAUUUGUGUGCAUGCAAGCAUUAGGAUUUUCAAUGAAGGAAAAACUUUUCGGGCUACUGUUGUCAACCAGAAAUUAUAAUGGUAACAUAGCUUUUCAACUUCUAUUAGAACAAGACAAAACAUAUAUUUUUUUGUGCCUGAAAUUUCACAAUUAAAUUUAAGGUUCUUUGUGCAUUUAUGGCACUAUUUAAAGGUGAAAUUUGUACAUUUCUGCUACAUUAGUGGCAUCAAAUGAAACUACAAUCUUUUUGUUUUGAGCUGGAUAUAACACAACCAGGGACGUGAGUUUGGUAGUGUAUGGUGUAUGCUCAGAUAGCAGAUGUUUUUUUUUCAGUUCUGCUAUUUCAAAUUAUUUACUUAUUAAUUCACUUCAAUUAUUCAAACAAAUGGGGAUGUUAGUGGUGUAGACAAAACAUGUUUAACAUAAAUAUUAUCACAGAAAAAAAACCAAACAAUUAUUCCACAUUUGCUUAAAUGCAUUUGGCAGACUUAAAUUGCAUUUAUGGCAUACAUUUGAUCACUUCAUGCAUUCCUUGAGAAUCAAACCCAUGACCUUGAUGUUGCUAGGCACUGCUCUAUUGUUUAAGCUACUAUUGUGUGUUUGUCUCCCCUAAAGGACGAUGUCAACCACGUCAUGCUUUGAUAAGCUUUGCAGUCUUAUCUUUAAAUAAAUUCUAUAUAAAAUACGUGGAGUGUUGCUCCAGGGUAAAUUGCACUUUUUAUCAGGCUUCCACGUCGGAUGAACUGGAAAAGUCACCUGCUGCUAUAUGAAAUGUGAACUAGCAUAAUCUGAAUGACACAGUAAGAAAAAGUUAAUGUUUCACUGCAUGAGAUGGGGUUGGUGUGGAAGUAUCACUAACUUAACUGGUGGCAAACAUUUUUCUUUCAUAAGCACAGAAUGAACCAAGAAUGUAAUCAAGAUGAGUUUUAUGUUUGCCACUUUUAAGGUAAGACUGUGCCAGAAUGUGGCGAGGUAUUGAAACAAUGUUGAGAAAGAAGUAAGUGGAUCUCAGCAAGUGAUUACAGAGCUGUAAACUGCAAGUGUUGAAGGUGGAAUAGAGAGAGCUGAAACCCAAACCAAACAAUUAUAUUGAUUUUAAAGAGGUAGUUCACCCAUGAAUUAAAAUUCUGUAAUUAUUUAUUCACCUUCACAUCGUUUCAAACCCAUAUGACUUACUUUCUUCUGCGGAGCACAAAAGAAGAUAUUUUGAAGAAUGUCUCGGUUGACUUUCAUUCUAUGAACAAACACAGGAGUAGGAAUGUUUGAAAGAGGCAUGUAGUAACAGUAUAUUGUAUUUAAUCUUUUAUCAAGAAAUAUUUUGGGAUGUUUUAUAUAUUGUGAAUCUCAGAAUUGUAUGUGUAGGAAAAAGGGCCUUAAGUUCAUACUGACCAAAGCAUACGAGCACUAAAGUGCUGUGUACUUUCACAGGGCAGAAUCAAUUACUGAGAGGUUUUUGACAAGUAGCCAAACUAUGACUUCAAUCACGCAGUGUUUAUUCACUGCUUUGAUUUGCACGCGAGUUGCAUUGCAUUGUUGUAUAUAUUUUGUGUGAGUGAGCUAAUUGCUGCAGCGUCCCACCAGACAGAGCUGUGCAGGAUCUGGUGGUCGUUCAGACAAAUCUGACAUGCAAUAACCGAGACCUCCCUGAAGAUUUGUAUCUUUCUCAGAAUAAAUAUACUUUUUGUUUA